AUGGAGUUGAGUGAAUUGCACUUGGAGAAUUGUCAAAUUGAUAACUUAGCACCAUCAAAAGGGAAAGCCAACUUCACAAAUCUCCAAGUGCUUGAUCUUUCAAACAACAAUCUCAAUCAAGGGAUCCUUUCAUGGAUUUCUAAUCUGAGUAGAACACUUGUGCAGCUCGAUUUGCGCAGUAACUUUCUUCAGGGUGAAGUCCCUGAGAUGCUGUCAAGAAUUCAGAACUUGCAGAGCCUUGUCUUACAAGGAAACCAACUAAGUGGGGAACUUCCAGAUUCAUUAGGCAAGCUUGAGCAUCUUGAAGUCUUGGAUCUCAGUAACAACACCAUCACAGGUCCUAUUCCAGCAUCAUUGGCGAAUUUAUCAUCCUUGAGGACGUUAAAUCUCGGUCACAACCGACUCAAUGGGACAAAAACUAGCAUUGGUGAUGUUGAGGCCAUUUUCAUUUGUUAG